CGUAUCGUCAUCGCGAAGAUAAGAUUAAAGCCGACCAUUUUGGUUGACGACUCAGCAUACUGUGUUUUCAACCUUUUUUCGUUUUCUUUCGCUAACCAGCUGACGUCUACGUUGCCAUAGUAGAAUACUUACAUUUCAAAUUGUCUUUUUUAUCAUUUCACCCACAAAAAUGUUUUCCAAAGUAUUUAAGAACAUCAUCAACCAAGGGAGUCGACAGUAUUCAUCUAAGAAAGGAUUAAAAGUAACAGUAUGUGGCGGCUCAGGCGGUAUUGGACAACCAUUGUCGUUGCUACUGAAACAAAGUCCAAUCAUCACUGAUUUAGCUAUUUAUGAUAUUGCUCCAGUAACUCCAGGUGUUGUUGCUGAUUUAAGCCACAUGGACACCAAUUCAAAUGUAACCAGUCAUGUUGGCUUGGAUUGCUUAAAAGAUGCUGUAGUUAAUACAGAUGUAGUUAUUAUUCCAGCAGGAAUUCCUCGUAAACCUGGUAUGACUCGAGAUGAUUUGUUCAAUACUAAUAUUUCAAUUGUGUGCGAUAUUAUUAAAGUUAUUGGACAAGUUAGUCCAAAUGCACUUGUUGGCAUUAUAUCAAAUCCGGUGAAUAGUGCUGUACCAGCUGCUGCAGAAAUAUUAAAAAAGCUUAAUGUAUACGACCCAAAAAGAUUAUUUGGUGUAACUACUUUAGAUAUUGUCCGAUCUAAUAGAUUCAUUGCUGAACUUAAAGGUCUUAAUGCCACUGAAAUUAAUGUCCCUGUAAUUGGUGGACAUUCUGGUCCAACGAUAAUUCCCUUAAUAUCUCAAUGUGUACCAAAAGUAACAUUUGACCAUGAUAUUCUUGUAAAACUUACUAAACGUAUUCAAGAAGCUGGCACUGAAGUUGUACAAGCUAAAGCAGGUGCAGGUUCAGCUACUUUAUCAAUGGCAUAUGCUGGAGCUAAAUUUACAAUUUCCAUGUGUAAAGCAAUUCUUGGUGAACCUAAUGUUGUUGAAUGCUCUUUCGUAGAAUCAUCAGUGACUGAAUCACCAUUCUUUAGUACUCCUGUUCUUAUUGGGAAAAAUGGAAUCGAAAAGAACUUUGGCAUAGGAAAUCUAUCAGAUUUUGAAAAAGAUUUGCUAAAAGCAGCGUUACCAGAAUUGGCUUCCAACAUUAAGAAGGGAGUAGACUUUGGCAAAAAUUACAAAUAAAUGUAAUAAUAAGUAGUUUACUUAAAUGUAACUGUCUGUUCCAUUGUAAUUUUAAACCAUGUACUGCUACUUAAAAUAAAAAUAAUAGUAAUUAUAUA